GAGCUUCCUCUUUUGCUCAUUUGUGGAUGGUCACUCUCCCUGUCCUGUUGGAGCUUCCUUCACGGACAGAGAAGCAGCUCAGAAACUGGACUGCCCUGGGAACUCCUGGCCCCUUGGACAUGGAGAGGCUGCUGCUGCUGCCCCUGCUGUGGGCGGGGUCCCUGGAGAAGGAAUCACUAUACCAGCUGCAAGUGCAGGGAUCGGUGACAGUGCAGGAGGGUCUGUGCGUCUCUGUGCCCUGUAACGUCUCCUAUCCCCAGCUUGGCUGGGCCAAGUCCACACGCGUUUACGGCGCAUGGUUCCGGAAAGAGGAUAGACUCCACGAGGACGUUCUUGUGGCCACAGACAACUCAGCCCGGGGUGGGAAGAAGAAGAGAAAUAUCUCAUUCCACCUCCUUGGGGACCCCAGGGCCAACAACUGCUCCCUGGGCAUCGCAGAGGCCCGCAAGAGGGACAGUGGAAACUAUUAUUUUCAGCUGAUAAGAGAAGCUGCAGAACACAGUUACAAGAAUAACCAGCUCACUGUGAACGUGAUCGCACGAACAUGGACCCCCAAUGUCCACAUCGAGGAGCCCCUGGAGUCCGGCUCCAGCAGCCACCUCAAAUGCUCCCUGCCUGAGGCCUGUGACUGGGCCACGCCCCCCACCAUCUCCUGGACCGGGGCUGCCCUCAGACCCCUGGGACUGGACUCCAAGGAGGACUAUAACUCCUCGGAGAUCCUGCUCACCCCCCGCCCGCAGGAUCACGGGACGAGCCUCACCUGUCGGGUAACCUUCCGCAGGGCUUCUGUGAGCGCGGAGAGGACCGUCACACUCAAUGUGUCCUAUCCUCCCCAGAAGCUGACCAUCAGUGUCUCCGGAGGAAUUGGCACAGAGCUGAAACACCUGGGGAACGGCUCAUCUCUUCCUGUUCUGGAAGGAGACUCUCUGCGCCUGGCCUGCAACACCGACAGCAACCCCCCGGCCACACUGAGCUGGUCCCGGGGGAGCCGGACCCUGAGCCCCUCACAUCCUUCAAGCCCUGGGGUCCUGUACCUGCCCCGAGUGGAGUCGGGCCACGAAGGCGAACUCACCUGCCGAGCUCAGCACCCUCGGGGCUCCCUGUGGAUCUCCGUGCAUCUCUCUGUGCAGACACCCCCGCAGCUGCUGGGCCCCUCCUGCUCCCAGGAGGACGAGGGUCUGCGUUGCAGCUGCUCCUCCCGAGCCCGACCAGCCCCCUCUCUGCGCUGGCGGCUGGGCGAGGGGCUGCUGGAGGGGGAGCUCAGCAACACCAGCAACGCCUCCUUCGAGGUCGCCUCCAGCUCCGCCGGGCCUUGGACCAAUGGCUCCCUGAGCCUCCGCGAGGGGCUCAGCUCCGGCCUCAGCCUCAGCUGCGAGGCCCUGAACGUCCACGGGGCCCAGAGCGGGUCUGUCCUGCUGCUGCCAGGGAAGCCCAGGCUUGGAGGGGAAUUUUUUCUGGGGGCCAUUGGGGGAGCUGGCGCCGCUGGCCUGCUCAGUCUCUGCUCCUGCCUCAUCUUCUUCAGAGUGAAGACCUGCAGGAAGGCAGCCCGUGAGAAGGAUGAACCUUGCACACUGGGUCCCACCUCCCAGGGUUACCAGGAUGAGUGUCCUUCAGGCAGCCCCCUGGACUACCCGCCCCCAGCCGUGGCCGCCCCCCUCUCAGGGGAGGAUCAGGAGCUUCAUUACGCCUCCCUCAGUUUCCUUGAGCUGAGGCCCUGGGAGCCUCGGGACCAGGCUGCCACCAGCACCACUGAAUAUGCAGAGGUCAAGAUCCUAAAUGACGACCCCGCCUCCCGGCCCCGCCUCCCGCAACCUUCUGCACCCUGCGGCUGGGGCACCUGGGGCUUCUCAGGGAAGAGAGACAUCAGGGACGAUGCCUGAGAGAACAGUUUUCCAUGCACACGGGCUACCAGCUAGCGUAUGCGAGUCCCGCUGGUGGCGUGAUGGGCAGAACUGGGCUCACGUUUCAGACCCGUCACCAAACAUGCGUGUGAGUUUGAGCGAGUCACCUUCUCCCUUCUCAGUCUCCUGCUCUGUAAAAUGGACACCACAAACCUAACUCACAGGGUUGUCGUGGGGCGUCAAGGCAGUAAUUAACGUAUAUAGUGUCCCACGGGGGUGAAUGUGCAAAGGGCAUCUCACCCAAGCUUAAACCUCUUCCCAAGACAACCUGCUGGGAUAAAGGUCUGGCAUGCUGGGCCAAAUGGGGACCACUCUGCAGGGCUAUCUAGCUCCAGAGGUGCCUCCCCCUGCCCCCAAGGCUGAGCAGAGGUUGUCAUUAGGCAGGAUCACAUCCUUAGGCUCCACGUAGCCAGUCCCCCCUUCCCUUCCACCGGGACUCACCCCUGGGGCACUUUCUGCGAACACACUGCAAACUGGUCUUUCUCUGAGCCUGCUUCCUGGAAACCCAACUUGUCUAUUUUCUCAGACACAAAAAUCAUUCACUGAUUAUCUGAAAUAAAUGACAAGGGUACUUUUUAA